AUGGUCAAACCACGGUCUUUGCAACGAGCUAUCAACCACUUUGACAUGGAGCGCUUCUUGAGAGCAACGGUACCAAGAAAGCGAGAUGCUUUGAAAAGAGUGAAGCAUGACGUUCUACACUCCGUCGAUGAGUUCAUAUCCGUUUUUGGUAAAGAUGAUGAAGAUUGGUACCACAAGUUGGGCGUUACCGGCAUUUACACCAAAGCCGCCAACCUCGAGUAUUCCGUCUACUACACCAUCUUGCGCGAGGACUUAGAUCCAUUCGGAAACAUCAGCGUGGUCUGGGACUCCUACAACAAGAACACGCCAUCCCCUCUAGUAAAUGCGGCCUGGAAACAUGGAAUCGAACUUCACGGCCUCCUGAUUAUGGAGGAUGAGUUGGAGGAAAGCUUCACGAUCUUGAUUGAAGCGGAGGAACGCCGCGCGGUAAGACUGCAGGUGUCCCCGUUGGAAGGCAAAUACCGGAAGAUCUUCGACCUGGCCAAAGCCUCUUGGGCGGGGUUGGCGUCAGCCGACAGGAUCUUUGACAGGCCAAUUCCUAGGGAUUUGCUUGAAUCGGAGAAUGAGGAUGAGGAUGAGGACGAGAAUGAGAGUUUGCCGGAUGAAAGUAAGUCAAACCUCUGA